AUGUCUUCGUACAAAAUGGAAGACUUCAUGGACGGCACUGAGAAACCCGUGUGCAUAACAUCCGUCGAAGGCGCCUGGGACAAAGUGUUCCACUUUUUCUGCAUGCUCGUCUUCUUCCUGGCGCCCCUCGGCGUCCUCGUGGUCAUCUACAUCGCCAUUGCUCGCCACCUCCUGCGCCACCCGUAUGCCUCUGGCGGCACGAGCGGCAGUGGCGGCAUCCCCGGACGCCACUUGCCGGCCAACGGCACCGGCAAAGACCAGGCCACUUCCUCUGCCCACAUGCGAAGCAGGCGCCAAGUCGUCGCCAUGCUCGCCACCGUCAUCGUGGUCUUCUUCGUGUGUCUCCUGCCCAUGCGAGUGUUCACGUUUUGGUACAUCGCCAUUGCCACGGCGGCAGACAUAACUGACGGCAUGGGACUCGAAGCAUUCCACGCCGUGCUCUGGUUCUGCCGAGUCAUGCUGUAUCUCAAUUCCGCCGUCAAUCCCAUACUCUACAAUGUCAUGUCGUCCAAGUUCCGGGGCGCGUUUUUGCGGGUUCUGGGCGUCGGUGGAGGCAGUGGCAGCGGCGGCGGCGGUGGUGGUGGUGGUGGAGGAGGUGGCGCCGGUGGAGGAGGAGGUGGAUAUGGGUCUGGGAAUGCGGACUAUUCUGGGGGAUAUGGUGGAUUUGGGAGUGGGUUUCGACGCCCGAGGACGUCCACGUCGUCGUCGAGGAGGACCACGACGACGCUGACGUUUGGCAGUAGGGCGUCGUCUGGGUUGAGGCGAAGUGAGAGUUAUGGUGUGGAUGGUCCUUUGGAGCUACUGGAAAAACAACAGAUGUCGUUGCCAUCGGGGGUUUCCAUGCUGGCUCGGGAAACCGGGAAACUCGCUUGUGCAACAAUGAGUGUAGCCCAGAAACGGCGAGCCAAUUUGAACAACAACAACAACAACGGCUUCGGGGGAAACAACAAACAAGCUCGAGGAUUCANCGGGUCGAGUCCUGGAUCGGAAGACGAAGAGGACAACGAAACAUCGUCCUUUGCCAACAAACGGAAGAUCUCAUCAACUAGCUGCAACGGAGGUGGCAGAAAUGGCGAGAAACGAAGCCUGCUCGCUUUACACCCCGGUGGCAACGCUGCCAUUGUCGUCUCAUCGUCGUAUUCCUCGUCAGUCAAUGGCAAAACAUGCUCUGGCGACAAUGUCUAGUCAUCUUAUCCCGCAACACCAACAAAAAACUAUUUUUACUUAAAAGGACGAAACGAAAACCGGAAUUAAAAUACUUUUUUGCGAUUUUCCACGCGUUAAAAAAAGAGGCAUCCGUUUUAUGCUGAGAAAAGAAACUGAAAAAUCUGACUGCUCAAGAGGAACUGAAGAAUUUGCAAAAAAAUGCAGGUCAUGUCAAACUUUGCUUGAUCGAAAAAAAAAAUCAAUCGGAUGAACAGAGAUUAUAGAUAAAGCCGAAAAAUAUUCCAAUCUCGAUAAGUUACAGUAAAUCUAAUCUCUAUUUUCGUGAACUUUUAAUUCAAUUUAUUUCCACGUUUUCAACUGGCAAAAGUCCUUUCCUCGCCAAAUCCAAAUGCAUUUGACGAGCACACAUGCGUAUUAACUUUUCAAUCCCGUAUUCAAAUUAUUCAAGAGGUUAUGAAAUCUCUUAAUUUUUAAUUCUGGUUGAGAAAAAUACGGAACUCAAUUUGAAAAUCCUAAGCGUUUUUAAAAUGUCAUUUAAAUUAUUAAAAGGAUUACAUAUGAUGGUUCGUCAAAAAUGCUCCCACCCAAAUAAGUUGAUGCGUUUUAUGACGGCUAAUGCGUGGAAAUUGUGAGGAAUAAAAAGCCAAAAAACACGACGUUUUGAAACGUUUCCACGCGCUAUGAUCUCUCGUCCAGGUGUCGCUCCUGGUCCACAGCGGACGUGGUGCAAAAUCGCUCACUAAAUGUGAAUAUGACUGAGAAGUCAUAUGCAUAAUGCCAACUCAAGAUACUGCCAUUCUUCAUUGUGUUCGCAAUUUUGCAUGAUUCUGAUGCCGUUUUCGUAAAUGAUGUUCUCUCUGAGAAAACGUAUUCCACUAGUUCGUAUGACUAUAUAUCCAUAUAUAGACUUUAAAACGUAGCAGUUAAUGUCUUUAUUGUUUCAAUGUGCGACUCUGUUGCAAGAAAAAAAAUAGCAAUGAAGUAGCUUUCUUUAGGAACAUUCAACCCAUGUCAAACAAAUACAAACACAAAAAAGACAGCGAUUAUAAGUGUACUUUUUCCAUGUUGGAGACACGUAUGUGAAAUAUGUGCUGAUCAUUGUUCUCGAUGUUGUAUGUGAUCAUUCUUUUAUUGUAUCGCCUGCUAAAAAAAAGUAUAUCAAAAUAAGGAGGAGAAAAAGGAAGGUUAUUGCGGGAAGCGGUAUUUUUUCUGAGUUUCCUUUUUGUGUCUCUGUGGUGUUCAGCCCAAUGGAAAAAUCGGAUUCCUUUCACCAAGAAUGCUUGCAGACAACGAAGUGAACUGUUCGC